CGGCUCCUUCGGUGUUGCAUUUGCCAUCAAAAACAUCCCGAGGGUUAAGCGAUAAACAAAACACGGCGACGACGAACUUGGGAGACGACAAAAACGGAGGCGUUACCAUCCCACAAGUCGGAGCAUGACCGACGAGCAUGAAACCACGGGGCGGUAAACAAAAAUCCAACUGGCAAGGCAAUAAAAAAAUAACGUCUGACGCGGCGGAGGACAAAAACCCACCGAAAGACAGCGGCUUCGAUUCCGAUCAAGAAGAAGGGUUCUCGAAGUGGCUAAAAUCGGAAGAGGGUGUGGAAAACCUGAAACUGUUCGUCAUAGGCAACUCCCUGAUCGUCUUCCUUUUAAUGUCGUGGCCGCAGAUCAAGCAAGGUCUCGACGCCGCCUACUAUCUGUGGUUCCUGUGUCUGACGGUUAUGGUUUUGUACAGUUUGGGAGUUUUUAAACUAGUUGACGAUUUUUUCCGGGACAGGUUCCGAAAUUACCUCGAAAACGAGUAUAAAAACAAUAAAUUUAAGCAGCCCGAAGAGCUGGGCAAAUUUUUGGAAGAAGCACGUAAAUCGGCAGCUGUAAAUUCGAAACGCGAACCUGCAAGUUUAAACAUGUGCACUGCAGAUGGGUACUAUCGAAGUCUCGUCUCGUUUAGGUGCUACAGCUUCGGCUGUAGCUAACGUAAGGCAAAACAAGUUUAUUUAAUUAAUUUUCCCAACUAUUUAUGCAUAGACACGCUAGUAAUAAGCUUUAAAGUUGAAUUAAAAGUUUUAUAAAUACGUCUCAGUACAUUCGCAGCGCCAAACUACGAAAACAAAUUAACAUUUGACUGCCAGUAAUUAUUAUUUACCAUGAAUAGAUUAAUAUUCACUCUGGUUUCGGUAUAAGCAGCGUCAAGUUAAUUUGUUAUUGGUGAUUCAUCCGCAGUACGAAAGAUAUUAAAGCUCCUACGCGAUUCGUGUUUCUCUUACCUGACCAGCAG